AUGUCUUCGGCCGCGACUCUUACAAGUUCUGUCGUUACCUCAAGUCAUCAUCCGUUUGAACGCCCAGUCUCAACCGGCUACGUGGGCCAGUCGGACUAUCGGGUUCACAAGCAUCAUCGCAAAGUCUCGUCGACUGGCGGGGGCAGAGCGUGGACAGAGGAAGAGGCAAGUGGUCCCUUUGAUGAAGGGGAUUCCCUCGAAAAUCUGCAUGGCACACAGCUAUCUCCUGUGACUUCCCCUCCAUCCAGCCCGGACGUUGGUUCUGAAAAGACUGUUUCUUCCGAUUCUAGUCCAUUCCAAGCGCAGCGAGCGCCUGUUCCCAUUCUUCCUAAACCAGAGGGAACUGGGACUCUAUUGCAGUCAGCCUCUGCCGACCCAAAGUCUCUCCGCCUGGAUACCACAAUCGCCGCAUCAAAUUCCCAUAAAUACGUCGGAAAUCGAAAUUACAUUGACCUUGCACGUCUGCAAGCACUCUACGAGGUGCAUCGCAGCUCUUUCUGGUCAAUGAUCGCCUCAGAGUACUCUCAAGAGUCUAUAUUCUCUGGCCGUCAGCUCGAGGAGGCAUUCUUUGCAAAUCUGCCUUCGACAACCAUCCGUGCAGCAUCCCCUCCGACGCCAGGGCCAAGCCCACAGGAGGGAUCUCCAGAAUUGCCUUAUCGAUAUCUCGGGGCGCCUAUCACGUCCUCAACGAUCAGUCAGGGGUUUCACGCUGUGAACGGGGCUGCACCAAUAUCCACAACCAACAAGUCAGCGAGUAGCUCACCAAGCUCUGCAGAAAGGUGCUCCGUUUCUGCCCUACUGACAGUAGAGAAAGAAGUUCGACCUUCGAAGGAGAUUGCGGAAGCGGCUACUUAA